AUGAUAUAUGAUACAAGUUAGCACAAUAUACUGAUCCUUUAUUUAUGUGGUGAUACUGUGCUUGCAUGAAUAAAUGCAGAUUGAAUGUCUGCCAGGAAUUUGUUCAUUUCCAUUAGAUGGCUGAAAGUGGCUGCUUACGACGAGUUUCAUAGGGAAGUUUCUGAUAAUGAAUAGGAGAACUUUGGUUUCGAACAGGACAGAAGCUCUGGUGGAGAUCAAGCAGGUUGCAGGGAUAGGGUUAACACAAGUUCCUCUAGCAUCAAUUACCAGUCUUUUAUGAAGAAAGAACGCCGUGUAAAAUGGAAUGAACAAGACACGAAACUUUUGUAUGAGGGUAUUGAGCAGUUCGGAUCCGAUUUUAGAAUGAUCGCACUACUUUUUCCUGGUCGAACACGUGAUCAAAUCAAGUUGAAGUUCAAGAAGGAAGAUCGUCACAAUCGAUUACGUAUCAAUGAAGCCUUUCCCGGUCGUUCCAAAGACAAUUCCAAAUAUGUUUUGGUGAUUAAUGAGCUGCAAAAAGUUGCUCGGGAAAAGCAGGAGUCUAAUGCAGAUGAGUCGAAUAAUGACCAGGAGGAGGUAGAGCUGACUCAUGGGGGAGUGACAAAACCUGAGUUGGAUAAAAUUGAAGAUAUGGAAACCGAUGUUGCUGCCGAAGUUCAACAGGAGGAAGCUGCUGUUACUGAAGUUCAUAGUCUCAUGAAGUCUGAUCAAAGUGAUGAUGGUGACGGUUUCAGCGGUUGGGAUGAUGAGUUUUAGUGUACAUAUAUCUUACUAGAAAAUUAAGUACAUCAUUGGAACCGCAAUCACUGGUAGACACUCACAGAUCACAUUUCGAUUAUGGAGCAUGUGGAGAUUGAAUUCAUAUAUUGAGAAACCUGUAACAGUUGCGGAAGAACCUGCAAGAAUGGGACUCCAUAUAGUGACCAUACCUCAGGCCCAAAUCUGUGAAGAAAAUAUCAGCUUAGGUGUUCCUAUAGGGGAUUGUCGCACUAAUGGAUUUGGAUUUGGAUUUGAAACAACCAAAUCUGUCUGUUUGGCUUCAUAUUUUGAGUUGAAUUUGGAUUAGA